CUUCGAGUUGUUCGCCGCCUCACGUUCCCAGCAGCUCCCUCUCUCUCCCUCCAUCUAGAACUUUCCUCCUGUCACUCCAGAAACACUUGUUCGCAGCAAACCCAUGGCAACCCAACGCAGCUUCCCCGAUAGCCUCAUUGACGAGGAUCCGCAGAAAGCGCUGGAGGUGCUCAAUGAAGCCUUACAGGGAGACUCUGACAACGCUGAGUUUUUUUGCCAGCGUGCCUACGCCCACAUCCUUCUAAAAAAAUACAGCUGUGCUGCUGAUGAUGCAAAGAAAGCACAACAGCUACAACCCAGCCUCCCUCUAGCUUUCAUGCGAACAGGAAUAGCAGAGUACCACCUGAACCACUAUGAGUCAGCGCAUGCAGCCUUCACUCAGGGACACCAGCUGGAUGUUUCUGACAAAUCAUUUGAGGUCUGGAUCAAGCGGUGCGAGGAGAUGAUGGGGGAUCAGACACAAAACAGCAACGUCAACAGGACACCAGCUGUUCCACCUGUGAAACGCGACUGGUACCAAACAGAAUCCCAAGUCAUUGUCACGGUUAUGGCGAAAAAUGUACCCAAGGACGGUGUGUGUGUCAACUUCAUGGAAAAAGAGCUCUCUGCCACGAUACAGCUGGCGUCAGGAGAGAACUACAACCUCCAUCUCCACCUCCUGCACCCUGUCGUCCCCCAACAGAGCAGCUUCAAGGUCCUCACCACCAAGGUGGAGAUCAAGAUGAAGAAGACAGAAGCCAUCAGAUGGGAGAAGCUGGAGGGAGAAGGACAGGAGUCCAACAUCAAACACUUCAAUCCUAAUCAGUACCCGACAUCGUCCCACUACACCCACAAAUGGGACAAGAUGGUGGUGGCCCUAAGUGAGGAGGAGAAAAACGAGAACUUGGAAGGAGACGCGGCGCUCAAUAAACUCUUUCAGCAGAUUUACACCGACGGCUCGGAUGAAGUCAAGCGGGCCAUGAACAAAUCCUUUAUGGAAUCAGGUGGUACGGUCCUGAGCACCAACUGGAAAGACGUGGCCAAGAGAAAAGUGGAAGUGAGCCCACCAGAGGACGUCGAGUUCAAGAAGUACUGAGCACCUCCCCUUCUCUUUCUCUGCCCUCCGCCUCUGUUUUAACAGCGUCUUUCUUCAUAUUUGUCCAUCUGAGCUCCAACAGGAGGUCUCAGUGCUCUGCAGUCUGAUUGGCCGUCCACUCCUUCGCCUUCUUCUUCUUCUUUGUGAUGUUGCUCUGGCGUUUUCACUGAGUGCAGGGAGCCACACCGUCUCUACACCAAACUACACGCGGCCGACUCUCUGAAAUAGUAAUUUGAAUGAUCUGUUGAACAGAUUUAUUUCCAUUAUUGUUCUUUAGACCAAAUGGCUCCAAUGGGGAACCAACUCCUGGAUUAAUAUGUGACGAACAGACCUGAAAUGCUCCAGUUCAACCUUCAGAUCAGUUUUUUUUAUUUUUUUAUUUUUUUUUGAACGAUCUCCUCUCUCCUGGUUUUCUCCAAACGCCCACAGCCUUUUUGUUCAGGAGCCUUUUAUGACUCGUUAUUAUGAGCAUUUGUAUGAAGUUGCUAAAAAUAAGAACUCGGAUGUAUAAAUGCAAACUAUGAACGCACUUCUUUUCUUUCCCUGAAGCCAAAAGCAAACUGACUUGUCUUUGAAUCUGUCACAUGCCACCCAGUGGUUUAGCACUGGCCGUUUCCUCAGUGUGACUCAAGCUUCAGUGUAAAUAAAAGAGUUGGUGGUUUGGCUCACAAA